GUGGUAGAGGGGAUGCCUUUGCACAUUGAGCUCUCAGGGAACCUGGUGCCUGUCAAGAAGGCCACUCAGCCCCGCACCUUCUUCUUCCAGUCCUUCCGGGAGAACCGUCUUGCCAUCCCCAUCAAGGUUCGGCGGGAAGCCAGUGGCUCCUUAUCUUUCCUGCGCAAAGCCAUGAAAUAUGAGGACCUCCAGCAUGUGCUCUGCCACCUGAACAUCAGCAUACCACCCUGCACUAAGGGAAGCGGCAGUGAAGAGCGGAGGAGGACACUGACGCCGUUGUCUCUGCGGGAGCGAUACAGCAUCCUAAGUGAGACCAGUUUCGGCUCUCUGAGCACCACGGACAAGGCAGACCAGAAGAUGGUCGACAUAGCAGAGCAGCUGGGCCUCAGCUGGGCUGAGCUGGCACGUGAGCUGCAGUUUGGGGUGGAUGACAUCAACAGGAUACGUGUGGAGAACCCCAACUCCCUGUUGGAGCAGAGCAUAGCCUUACUCAACCUCUGGGUCAGCCGUGAAGGCAAGAGUGUCAAGAUCGAGAGUCUGUACACAGCGCUGAGGAACAUCGACCGCGGCGAGAUUGUCACCAUGCUGGAGGGCUCCAGCCGGCAGAGCCGCAGCCUGAAGGGCAGCUGGCGCUACGCAGACAGAGACUACUCCCUCUCGCCCUCCCAGAUGAAUGGUUACGCUUCGCUGCAGGACGAGCUGCUGUCCCCCGCCUCCUUGCAUUACACGCUGCCAUCCCCACUGCGUGCCGACCAGUACUGGAAUGAGGUGGCCAUCAUGGAUGCUAUCCCCAUGGCUGCCACCGAGCAGGAUGCCUUGAUGGAGAUGUCCGACAUGCAGGUGUGGUCCUCGGGGCUCACCCCCUCGCUGGUGACUGCUGAGGACUCCUCUCUGGAGUGCAGCAAGGCUGAGGACUCGGAUGCCACAAGCGAAGGCCGGUUCCCGGGGCAGCUUCUAGCAGAUGCGCAUGGCCCAGACCACAUGGGUUCUAUGGACCUGGUUGAGGAUGACACAGUGGACUCAGAUGCCAUGAAUGGCCUGAUUGACCUUCUAGAACAGGAGGAGGGGCAGAGGCCAGAGCAGAAGACGCCAGCCGGUGAUCACCAGCCAGAGACCGGGGAGAGUGAAGUCUCUUUUGUUUCAGUCCAGCAGAAGGUGCAAGCCAGAAUCACGGCAUCACCUACCAUUAGCCAUGUUGUGGAGAAGAGCACAGACAGGCUGAGGGACUGGAGUGCAGAAGGCUCCUUUAUCUCCUGCCUACAGGACCUGGCAGCGGGCUCCUGGCAGGAGGGUGUCACCCGAAGGCUUCUCCCAACGCACACCACGGCCUCGGGGGCACAGGAACCCAGUCAGCCUCCCUGA